UAGGAUAUGAUAUAUACUGAGUUAGCUGUUCAAGAUAGUUUUGUCUUUUUCAGUAGCGUUUUUUAUUAUCUUCAGAGUUCACACUUCAAAGUUCAAACCCAACACGUCAAAACUAUAUUGCUCUCUAUAGCUCAUUUAUAUAUACGUUUUCAGUUUUUGGUUAUAUAUGAAGAAUCAAACACUUCCUGCUUAUCAAUUUUUUCAUCCACAAACAUGAGGCGUUACUUCUCCAAAUUUAUUCAUUGCCCAAUUCGAUUCAACUCUUCAAAUUUCAUUCCGGUGAAUUUUGAGAUGGGAUCUUACUGUACUUCCAGAAUUUAUAUUGGUCAAGGUUUACUCAAAGGAAACUCUAGUGAUUAUUCAACAGGAACUUGUGUAACAUCAUGUGAUUCAUUGUCUGAAGAUAAGCCAAAAGACAAAGAAAAUUCUGUUUCUGAUAUGUUGGUAGAUUCAUUUGGAAGGCUUCAUACUUACUUGAGAAUAUCAUUAACAGAGAGAUGCAAUUUAAGGUGUCAGUAUUGUAUGCCAGCAGAGGGUGUAGACCUCACUCCUACCUCUCAGGUUUUAACGAAACCCGAGAUUCUUCGAUUGGCUAAUCUGUUUGUGAGCUCCGGUGUUGAUAAAAUACGGUUGACGGGUGGAGAACCAACUGUCAGAAAGGAUAUUGAAGAUAUUUGUUUUGAAUUGUCGAGUUUGAAGGGAUUGAAGACAUUGUCCAUGACUACCAAUGGUAUUGUUUUGGCUAGAAAACUACCAAAGCUUAAAGAAUGUGGACUUAGUUCUGUCAACAUUAGUUUAGAUACAUUGCUACCUGUGAAGUUUGAGCUUAUGACGAGACGUAAAGGGCUUGAAAAAGUAUUGGAUUCAAUUAAUGCCGCCGUAGAUCUUGGUUAUAAUCCAGUUAAGGUCAAUUGUGUUGUAAUGCGUGGAUUCAAUGAUGACGAAAUAUGUGACUUUGUUGAGCUGACACGUGAAAAGCCAAUUAAUAUUAGGUUUAUUGAGUUCAUGCCUUUUGAUGGAAAUGUUUGGAAUGUCAAGAAACUUGUUCCCUACUCGGAAAUGUUGGAUACAGUGGCAAAACGGUUUACUAGCUUAAAAAGACUUCAAGAUCACCCGACAGAUACGGCCAAGAAUUUUACGAUAGACGGGCAUAAAGGACAAGUUUCAUUUAUCACAUCGAUGACUGAGCAUUUUUGUGGUGGUUGCAAUAGAUUGCGACUACUAGCUGAUGGAAACUUAAAAGUAUGUUUGUUUGGUCCUUCAGAGGUAAGCUUAAGAGAUCCCUUGCGGCAGGGUGCAGAAGAUCGCGAGCUUAGGGAAAUAAUAGCCGCAGCGGUGAAGAGGAAGAAAGCUUCGCAUGCUGGCAUGUUUGACAUAGCAAAGACAGCAAAUAGGCCUAUGAUACAUAUUGGUGGAUAAGGUAUCAUAUAUUGUUAAAAGUUACUUAUAUGGCAAGCUCCAACCAAAAGCGGUUUGAGUUGAGCAUUGGCCAAGAUCUUCACAGAUGAUUAAUCUCACUCCGUAUGGAGCAAUACAGUUUUGUCAAUUGUGCUAUUAGCACCCAUUUCGUUGAACAUUUGUGUCUACUUUUAGAAAAUAUCACAGGGUUGAAGAACAAAGGUUUGAUGAGCAUAUUAGUGAAUAAUGCAUAUUUGGUCAUUAGAUUUUUUUAUUAUGUGUUAAUUUUUCUCUAGCGGUAGUUUGUUUACAUACCGAGUUUAAAAUUUUAAGGGUGGCAUCAUGUAUUUAUAUCUUCGAUCAGUGAAACAUACCAAAUUGGAAUUUUGAAAAGGUUGGUAAUGUCUGUUAUAAAUGACCAUCUUUUAUGUUUUUGGUGGUUAGUUCUUCUGCCAGCAUUGAUACACAUUGGUAUUUGUACUAUGUAUGUAUGUCUCACAUGGAAGCAUCCAUCAUUUUCUUUC